UUCACAGUGGUGUGGUGCUGAAGAGGAUCGUCUCCUCUCAGUCAGACAGCCGCUCCCUCGCUCGGUUGGUCGCAGCCAUCAGCUGCUGCUCCAACGCUGGAUUUCGUUUAUCGGCGCUCAGCACGGGAACAUACAAAAGCGGAGGAGGAAGAAGAAAAUGCCCGCACCGUCUACCCCUGAAACCCAUGUGGAAGCGAUUUACAACAAAUCUUCUAGUUCUGGUGAUGUUUGAGAGUAACCCCAUCCAGAGGUUGUUCGAGUCCUGGAAAUCAUAGAUCCAUCGUCAAGGGAAAGGCUCUCAUCAUGGCAACCCCCUUCCUCCAGUCUGUGCUCCUUGACCCCACCUGUAGAGGGUGUAAUUGCUAAGGGAGUUAGUGAGACUUAGACACUUUUGCCUGUGAAGAUAAAAUCACAUAAAACAUGUAGUGUAGCUUUCUCCAAGGAGGGGGGAGGGUCUAAAAUUGAGUCUGGUUUAUUUUAUUUUUUUAUUAUUUCUGUUUCUCCCUGGAACAGAGUUGUACUUGUUUAAACAUUUUAUGUGGGUGUGGACAGAGUGUGUGAGGUGAGGAGAAAGUGACAGAGAGGAAGAAAGAGAGAAAGAAAGAUUGAAAGAGAUGGUCCUCCACACCACCCCUUACACCAGUGCCUGUCUGCACUUCCUGGAUGGCUUAUCGUGGAGCUUGGUGUUCCCCUGCUACUGGCUCCUGGACCGGCUCCUGGCCUCAUGUGUAGCCACCUCGUUGGAGAAGCGCCAGCGCUCCCAGGACCCCUGCUCCUUCCUCACCCUGUGCGUCCUGAUCUCUGCACCCCUUUACUUGCUCCUCCUCCUCGCCUCCCUGCCUUUUGCCCUUCUGGGCUUCAUCAUCUGGGCUCCUCUGCAGGCCGUCCGCCAACCCUACUUGUACACCUACCGCAGACCAGACAAACACCAGGCCGAGCAGGGCCAAGCAGGGGGCAUAGGUAAUGCCGAAUGGCGGCCACAGGGCAGAAGCUUCUGUUUCUGUAGUGCCAAUGUAUGCCUGCUGCCCGACUCCCUGGCCAGAUUCAACAACCUGUCAGACACCCACAGGAGAGCCCGUGAGGUGGGGAAGAGGAUCCGCAAUGGUGCCAGUCGGCCUCAAAUAAAGAUCUACAUCGACUCGCCUACCAACACUUCCAUCAGUGCGGCAUCCUUCAGCAGCCUUGCAACAGGUUUCCGUCGAACCUCCUCUCUGGACCAACGUCCAGAGCAAACACACAUCACAAAUGGUCCAGCCGACACUGAAGCUGAACCCUUCACUGAGUGCCCAAUUCACCCCGCAGGUGCUGCCGACUGCCCUGUUCACCCUACUGCUGGAGAUCAGGGCUCCUCUGGAUGCCCGCUUCACACAGAUGUAGUAGACACGACGGCAGACUGCCAACUCCACUGUGCAGGGGCUAACAACAACUCUGACUGUCCCGUUCACACCUCAGGAGGGGCUACAGACUGCCCCAUGCAUUCGACAGGGCAUCAGAACGUCCCUGGCCAGGAUGAUUGUCCCUUACAUGGUGAAGGGACGCAGCCAAAAUCCUCCACAGACUGCCCACUUCACACCUCAGGUGUUCAAAUCAGCAUCAGCGCACCAGAGCCUGACCCUGAGGAGGAAGAGGCCGAAACAGGGAACCAUCGACCUGGGGAUCAGGGAGGAGGAGACACAAGCAGCAUGACUGCCUCCAGGGAGUCCCUUGCUCGUUACCAUGGAGGUGACAGUGGCGUAGGGAUAACCUCCAACAAUACUCUCUCUCAUGUUCCACGUACUUCAGUCUUUAAGCGCCAGGGAAGAAAACGCCGCCAUGGGGAUGAGACGUUCGACCACGACAUCUCUGCCUUUUUCCCUGCCAACUUGGAUUUCCUGGCUCUACAGGAAGUGUUUGACCAUGGAUCGACGACUAGACUGCGGAGGCAAUUGCAUCGCUACUUUCCCUAUGUGCUGAGUGAUGUUGGGCGAUACGGCUGGAAAGGCUGCUGCUCCAGGUUCAAAUUCCUGAACAGUGGGCUGAUGCUGGCCAGCCGCUACCCUAUUCUGGAUGCGCGGUACGAGUGCUACCCUAAUGGGAAAGGAGAGGAUGCACUGGCAGCCAAGGGGGCCCUGUUUGCUAAGGUUCACGUGGGCACCUCCCAUCAGGAGCAAAGGGUUGUGGGAUAUCUCACGUGUACACACCUCCAUGCCAUAGAAGGUGACUCCUCUGUACGAUGUGAGCAGCUGGACAUGGUGCUCCGGUGGGGGGCCGAGUUUCGUCAGUCCUCAUCCAAAUCGCCUGAAGGAGAGAAAGUGCUGGAAGACCUGGUGGCCUUUGAUGUCAUCCUGGGAGACCUCAACUUCGACAACUGCUCCUCGGAGGACAAGCUGGAGCAGCAGCACGCACUUUUUACUCAAUACAAGGACCCAUGUCGCCUGGGGCCAGGGGAGGACAAACCAUGGGCUCUGGGUACUCUACUGGAUCCCAGUGGCCUUUAUGACGAUGAGGUCAGCUCACCUGAAAGUUUACAAAAAGUGAUGGAGAACGAGGACGGGAGGAAGGAGUACCUGGUGUUCCCCCCCAGUAAGAGCCAGUGUCCCGCCAGCAGUCAGAAGGGGAGGAAGAUCCCACUGAAGGGCAAUGGACGCCGGAUUGACUACAUCCUCUACAGCGAUGAGGGCCUGCAGCAGGACUGGAAACUGGAUAUCGAGGAGUUCAGCUUUGUCACCCAGUUGGCCGGCCUCACCGACCACCUGUCUGUGGCUAUGAGAUUGGCUGUUUCCACCGGGGAGGAGGAGCCUUAGAUUGACCACCUGAGCUUUUCUAAAAUACUGCCAUGGAGGAACGACGGCGUCCAGGAAAAGAAGAAAGAAUUAAGAGUUUACGGAUAUGGAGCUUUUUGAGAGAAGAAUGGAAAGUGUAAUGAAGGAAUGAGUGAGCAGAGGAGUGCUUGGAUGAAUUGAGAAUCAGAAGGUAGACAAGAGUGAGCAGUAAUUGUAUAUGAAAGGAAAAAUCUCUGGACUUAGUUUAGAAAGCCAGAAAGAUGUUCAUCACACAGACACACACACACCACAAGUAAUCAAGACUUUGACUGUUGAAUAUCGCCUGGCGUCUCCGUUCCUCUCCUCCAACACUCCCUUUUGACUUUAGAGAGUUUUAUUUACAGUGAAUUGUUUAUGUAGCCAUUUUACACUCUCCUUUUAUUUGAUCUGUUUCAGUUGUAGUGUAAGUAUUUUUUUUUUAUGACUCUACCUUCAGGGACAGUUGGAUCCUCCUUUACUGACUAUGUAAAAAGAGGAAAACCCAUGGUUUAAGUGAUGAGAGUGUACAGCAGCUGACUGGCCUUUACACUGACCGUCUGUGUCCAUGUGUUCUGCUGUCAGUCAUUCACCUUACUGCUCCCAUGUCAUUCCCAGGAACCUCAACAAGUGUCUUUUUUUCUUGUAACUAAAACUAGUGUUUCUAAAAGCAGAAAAAUAAUAUGAUAAAAUUUCUAUUGUCGCCACAUUACUUUUUAUAGUAAGUUUAAUGCCUGUUUAAUACUAUAUUGUAUGUUUCUCACGAGAGGUAUUGUUUAAUGGGAUGAAACUGAAGAAGAAAGUUGUUUGAUGCAACGCUUAUAGCAUGUUUUUCAGCCAUGAUUGGUGACAAUUUAAAAAGUAAAGGACAUUUUUGGUAUAAUAGUUUGAAGUGAGAAUUUGCUGAUGCAUGAAGGAAACGGUAUCAGUUUACAACAUUAAUAUAGAGACUCGAUACUUGCUUGCAUAAGUCUGGAUGCCUGACGAGUCAGGAAGGAUUUUGCCCUGAAACAUACACUAACGGUAUGCCAGAGUGGCAUCUGUGCAUGUGAGACUGGACCCUGUUGAUGUAACUUACAAAGGCAACAGACUGAGGAUUUACUUAAAGCAGAAACACAACUACACACAUCAGAGGAUGAUGUAACACAGCCUUUGCUGGCUGUGUUUGGGGUGCUCAAAUAACAACUUCGCCAUGUCUACAACCGUUGAUAUUGUCAGUCCAACAAACUAUUGUAUCUAUCUUGUUAGUAAGCCAUCGUGGUGCUGUAAGCACAUCUGAUCUGUGCACUUGCUAAUUUAUAGCAUGCAGCCCAGAUUUUUUGUACAACCACAGCCAUAUUGGCUAGUGGAAAAAACCUCAUGACACAGAACCCCCUUGAAGACCUAAAGGCUGCACAUAUACUGUAUAAUUUAUAGUAAAUAAUAUGUUUACACAUUUUAUUAAGUUCCAAUCAAGAUCAAGACUAGCCCACCAACCAAUAUACAGAAUCCAUGUGGUGAGUGUGGCAAAAAUAUUGCAAGUUGUGCUGUUCUUCACAUUUAUUCAGCCUUUAGUAUUCUGCUCCUCUCACCUAUUCACACAUUACUUCUGCUGCUGGUUGGACAUCAAUGUGAUCUAAAGAAGGAUGCACACAAAUCCAGAGAUUACAACCUUUGGAGUAUUGUAGUUCAUAAAAAUACUGUUGCACUAUUUCAUUAGCAUUUACUCCCAAUCUUUAACAGAGCCACACAGUCCAUAGAGUUUAACAGGAGCUGAAAUGUUGUUUAGAGCAGUUGAGUCAGUGUAAUUGUUAAGAGACUUGUUUACAUAAACUUUCCUUGUGUCCCCUGUAGACCCAUUAGCUCAGGUGCUCCCAUUGAACACUAUGUUGAAUGUGGAAGCAGGCCCAGACCUAAAUUCUCAGUCAUCUUUAAUGAGAUAUGGCCAUAUCUUAGAGAGAAUAUUGUUAUUGUUAUUGCAUAUUGUUCUUUAUACAACAACAAUUUUACAAAAGUUUGCUUUAGCCACUACAAAUUACUGGUCAUACAAGACCAAAUAAGGUUGAUGCGGAAAAAACACAAAUGAGUAAGGGUGUUUUUUAUUGAUGAAUUUUUUUCUUUUCAUUUGUAACAGGAAAGUCAAGGUUUUUUUUCUUGAAAAUGCUCCUAUUAAAGCUAUUAAAAAACAA